UGUGCACAAUCUCCAGCCCUCCGCCGGCUGCGGCUAAUGAGUCUUUGUGUGGCUCGAGCGACUGAGAGCGAGUCUUCGGUCUGCUUUAGACCGGAGUGCAUGCUAACAGCAGUGGAGACCGGUUUUACCUCUCUCGCCCCGGUCUCCUCUCGAGUCCAAGUGCAAUGGAGGUCCUUCAUUCAGACUGUCUCAUCUGGCUCUGAACGGUGUGAGAGAGGAGAGUAAAGCAGCAGCGGCGGACACAGCCUGACGGCAGCCAUGAGUGGAAUUCUGAAGAGGAAGUUUGAGGAGGUGGAGGGGGCGUCGCCCUGCUCCUCACUCAGGGAGUCUGAGGAGGAGGAGAUAUCCAGCACUGAGAGCGGAGACAGCAGCGACAGCGUCAACCCUUCAUCCUCAUCAUCAACACACGCACUGCAGCGGACAGCGUCCUCGAUACUGAAGCGGGAGAAGCGGAUGAGGACGAGGAGGGUGCACUUUGAGAAGGUGACAGUGUAUUACUUCAGCCGGAGGCAGGGAUUCACCAGCGUGCCCAGUCAGGGUGGCAGUUCCCUGGGCAUGUCCAGCAGACACAGCUGCGUGCGGCAGUACACACUGGGAGAGUUCGCCAUGGAGCAGGAGAGAAUCCACAGAGACAUGCUCCGAGAUCACCUGAAAGAAGAGAAACUCAACUCUAUUCGGCUGCGGUUGACGAAGAACGGCUCGGUGGAGUCCGAGGAGGCCAAUGCUCUCACGCUUGAUGACAUCUCUGAUAAUGACCUGGAUAUUGAUAACACAGAGGUGGAUGAAUACUUCUUUCUUCAGCCAUUGACCACUAAGAAGCGGCGCGCUCUGCUGCGCUCAUCCGGCGUCAAGAAGCUCGAUGUGGAGGAGAAACAUGAGCUACGGGCCAUCAGGGUGUCCAGGGAAGACUGUGGCUGCGACUGCAGACUCUUCUGUGACCCAGAGACCUGCACAUGCAGCCUAGCUGGCAUAAAGUGUCAGGUGGACCGUAUGUCAUUCCCGUGUGGCUGCACAAAAGAGGGCUGCAGCAACGCGGCCGGCAGGAUCGAGUUUAACCCCAUACGAGUUCGGACUCACUUCCUGCACACCAUCAUGAAGCUGGAACUCGAGAAGAGCCGGGAGCAGCAGCAGAAUUCCGGCAUCGUCGGGCCAACAGGCAAUGGUUUUCACGGCAACCCGAACGGUCACUGCAGCCCAAUGGCUACGGGCCAGCAUGCACUGGAAUACGCGAUCCCGGAUACAGUCCCGCAGACCACCAUCAUGCAUCUGCAGGCCGCCGACGACAUGGACGACGCCUUGGAGGAGGAGGAGGAGGAGGAGGAGGAAGAAGAUGACGAGGAUGAGGAAGAGGAAGAUGACGAAGAUGAAGAAGACGAUGAGGACGAGGAUGAGAGUAGCAGUCUGUGCAGUCUAUCCGAUUCCAGCACGCAGAGUUUAGCGAACAGCGACUCGGAGGAGGAAGACGACAAUGAGGAUGACGACAAAACGGAGGAGUUUGACACAGGAUUGGCCAAUAGCGAAGUGGCUCCGCCCCCAUCUGUGAUGCGUUACUCUGAGAAUACAAUCGCAUCUGACAACCAAACUAAUGGCAACUCCUACUUCAUCAAUUCUACUGCAGAGUACUAUCAAAUGCAAAACGCUACUCCGCCCACACUUUUAGCCUCCGCCAACCAAUCUAGUGAGCCCUACAUAGGGGACACUGCGUCUUAUCAAGACAGGGUUAAUGACUCCAAUAGGGUCAUGUCUCAGGGUCCUUACAAUGUGACCCCUGACCAAUACACGGACUACUCCCAGCAGCCCGAACAGCCAUAUGCCAAUCACCAGUUGGCUGUGAUUGGCUGUUGCACCUCAGAGCCAGAUAAAAGCAUCCAAUCCAAAGGGACCUUCCUCAGCCAAUCAGGAGAGCAGAGCCAGAUGGAAUUCCAAAACUAUCUGAACAACAAUACACAGGAUAUGAGUUACAACGCCAAUGGGAGCUGUUUCGUAGCUGAACAGCCAAAGGAGAUGUCUCACAACCUGCCCGAAGUUUCGCUAGCGGACAACGCGAAAGGACCUGCUUUACUGGAUGCUUUCGCUGAGUCCACUCCAGUUUAGAUUCAGAAAGCGGAGCGAGAGUAUAAAAGAAACCUUCGAUCCUGCACAUCAACAUUUUGUUUUCCUGUUUAACGUUUGGCGGAUCCAAAAAUAUGUAUUUUUACUGAACUUUGCAAUGAACAAAAAGAUUUAAACUGCAAAAUCAGAGCGAAUCAGAAUAUAAGCUUUAUGUUGGAAACACUUUACGCAAGUACGUUAACGCAAACGCUUCUAGCUACGCAAGCUUGAUUUUAAUAAUGAAAUGGGUCUUAUUCACUAAUAAUUGCGUGGAAUAUUUAGCAUUUGUACGUACGUCAGAACUGCCUAUGUAUGUUCUCAACCUCAAUUUAGUAAUUUGCAUAAAACACACCUAAGCCAUCUCCAUAUAAGGGUAUUCUUCGCACAAACUUUUUUAUUUUCAGCAUUCUUUUAUCGCUUUCAGCCAGGGCCAUCCAUAACGGGGAGAAAGGUGGUGCCAAUUCAUCUUAACAUGAUUAUAAAAUGAUUAAUUUAAUCUUAACGAAUAUAAUGCCACCAGUAUUUGAUUUCUUCAUUCGUGUGGUUUCAGUUGCUCCAAUUUUUUUCCUUAUAUUUACAUUAAAUUUUAGUAUGAAAGUUCUUGAUUUCAAGCACAAAUUCAUGCGUACAAGUGCUUAGUGAUAAAUGAGACCCAUUGUUUUUAAAUCAAAAGACAUAAGUAGGUGUUAUAGUGCACCCUUGAGGUUUAUUACCACUAGACCAAGAACUUAAAGGGACAGAACACCUAAAAAUGAAACACUGUCAUGAUUUACUCACCCUUAUGUCAUUCCAAACCUGUUUUGGAUCGCAAAAGAUGAUAUUUAAUAAAAUAUAUAUUUUUUGUCCAUAAAAUGAAAGUAAAUGGGGUCCAAUAUUAUUAGGAGUCCAAAGUUGUUCACAUUAGCUUCUUAUGUGCUCUGCAGAAGAAGGAAAGUUUGGAAAGACAUGAAGGUGAAUAAAUGACAGAAUUGUAAUUUUUGGGUGAACCUCAGGUCCACGCUUGCAAAAAGUUGGCCAAGCGUUUACGUACUGGCAUAAAGUAUAUUCCUGGCCUAAGGCUCUUGCAAUGUUUCUUGUAAUUUCAAAAGUUCUAGUUUUGAGCAGAAAUGUGGAUAGAACUUUUCUAUGUAUCUGUGUCAGUGGUGCAAAAAAAAAAAAAAACCUUGGAAAAAAAUAUUGUUGCUGUUCGUAUUCUGAAGUAAGUGUAUAUCUAAAUGUUUGAUAAAAGCAUGUUUUUUUUUGUUUUGUUUUUUUGCUUUCAUUGCUGGUUUAUGGUUUUGUAAGAGUUCGAUGUACUGUAAAAGAGAAAAUAAUACUGUUGCGUUUUCGUACACAUACUUCAUGCUUUAAAGUGUUGGUGAAAGCAUGAAAACGGCUCUUAAAAUGUGUGCUGUUCAUUUGCCUUUGCUUACAAAACCAAAACCAUGAUAUUUAAGUUGUGAACACGAUACAUUUCCUCAACAUAAUUGCACUUUUCCAUUGGCUGAUAUUAUACAGAACCGCAACCAAUUGUUACCUGAGCACUAAAGGGGGCGGGGCUAUCUGGUACCGUGCCAUGACUAUGGCUGUGUUCGGAAUUGAAUACUUGCUUACUACUUACUGUGUAGUAUAUUAUCUGUGUACUAUGGAAGCUUGUUUCCACCACAGAUAAAAAAAUAAAUAAUUAAUUGCAUUUUAUAUCUCAAAUUUUUUUUUUUUGCAUAUAAUACUGAAGUUAUCUGACAAUGAUGACUUCUUUUUUUCUCAGAACUGCGAGAUAUAUAUGUCAGCGCUGUUAGCCUUGUGGUCAGCCAAUAUGCUUCCUGUAAAAUCUAAACUAUUUUAUCACAAAAUAAA